AUGGUUCAUUUUACAAAGAUUUUAGCCGUUACCUGUUUUGCUGCUACUUUUCAAGGUUCAAAUAAUGUAAUUCUUUCCAAGAGUUAUAAUAUGAAUAACAAGAAUGUGAAUAAUGUAGGAUUCCGAAAUAACAGAAUUUUGGCUAGUAAUGAAAACCACCAAGAGCCAGGAACCAGCGGUACAACAUCGGCUGCUCAUGGUAAUACUGGUAGUGUUCCUGACAUUGAUAAUUUUAUAAAUCAAACAACAUCUGCAUGUGGUAAUUUGGGUAGUUUGUUGGCACCAUUACUUAAGGGUAUUAAGACUAAUUUAUUUGCAAAAUAUGUAAAUGAUGAUGGUACAGCUAAACAAAAUAUUCAUACCGAACAUAAUUUAACAGAUAUCGUUAAAGGUGUUAUGCAUGAUAUUAAGCCACAAAUGGAAGCAUUAAAAGAAGGUAUAAAGAAAAAUAUUGAAGAAGGAGGUGAAGAAGGUAUUAUGAAAGAUUGUGAUGCUUUAAAAGAUGGAUUUAAGAAUAUUAUGAAAAGCUUUGGAGGUGAGUUUUCUAACAAUGUACAAGGUGCAACAGGAAUACCUGGUAAAUUAUUCAAAGGAUUUUUAAAUGAAGAGGAAACUAAUGUUACAGAAAAUACAAAUAUAAAAGAUGAAAUAAAAUCGUUAUUAGAAGAUGACAAUACAGAUGAUGAUGAUGACGAUGAAGAUGAACAUCAAGAAACCCCUGAUAAGAAUAAUAAGAAUCCUGGAACGUCUACAUUCAGAGGGAAAAAAUAA